AUGACUCACAUGUGGCUUCUGCUGUUAUUUUUCCUGUUGUCAACUGAUGCACGAGCAUGUAAGAAAAAGAAAUUCAUACUUGCUGCUCAGCCAACUCCAGCUCAAUUAUCAUGGUUAGAACAGUCUGAUAUCGGUUUCUUGAUUCAUUAUAAUAUUGCAUCGUAUUUACCCAUUGCAUAUGAUGGUUGUAAUCGUGAUCCUUCGCUUGUACCUGAUAUUAAUCUAUUUAAUCCCUCAAUACUCAAUACCGAUAAUUGGGUUCAAACAUUCGAAGAUGUCGGUGCUAAAUAUGCCGUUCUAGUAGCAAAACAUAAUUGUGGUUUCACAACAUGGCCAACACAGGUUCAAUUUCAACUUACGAGUGGUGAAACAAUUCCCUAUAAUUAUUCUAUUUCGUAUAGUCCGAAAACAGAAACAGACCUUGUUGGGAAUUUUAUUCGAUCAUGUCAAAAAGCUGGAAUUAAAACCGGAUUUUAUUAUUCAGUCGUAUGGAAUAAUUGGUUAAAUGUACAAGAUAGUCGUGUUCAACCAGAACCACUAGCGCCAGGUCAAAUGCCAAUUGAUCAACAGACAUAUGAAUCAAUUGUCUUAAAACAAUUAGAAGAAUUGUGGACGAAUUAUGGACAGCUAUUAGAAAUAUGGUUUGAUGGCGGCUAUUCACAAUCUUUAAAGAACCCGAUAUCGACUCUGCUAGAAAAAUAUCAAUCAAAUGCAUCUGUUUUCGGUGGAUUUGGCAUUACAAAUAAUAGUAUUAGAAAUAUUGGUAAUGAAUUUGGUUUUGCUCGCGAAGAUACAUGGUUAACCGUAAACGCCGACGGUCAAGAAGAUGCUGAUGGUUCAUAUUUUUCACCUCCUGAGUGUCCAACAACUCUUCAAGUUAGUGAUCGAUGGUUUUACGGUAGUGAUCGCUUUCCUAUUCGACCGAUAAACGAACUAAUUGAUGUUUAUCAUACAUCAGUCGGACGUAAUUGUAAGCUAAUGUUAGAUUUAGCUGUCAAUCGAGAUGGCGUAGUUGAUGCUAGACAUGCUAGUAGAUAUAAAGAAUUAGGUGAUUUCAUACGCAAUUGUUACGGCACUGCUCUAAAGAGUAAUUUAACUUGUUCGACUGAUAACUGUAUUUUGCAAUUUUCUUCGACUGAAUUAGUUGAUCGUGUAGUUAUUCGUGAAGAUUUACGCAGUUCAACUGGUGCCAGUAUUCGUCAAUGGUCAAUUGAUG